GCCAUCCCUACACACUGCAAUCUGCAUGCUUUUAACUGGAUUGUGCUUCAUACAUUCAUAAUUUCUUUAUUCUUUAAAAAUAUUAAAUAAUAAUGGAGACAGAAGAAAACAAAGAUAAACUAGUUCGAUGCCUAAAUGAGCAAGUCAACGAAAUAAAUUUACUGCAAUCCAUGUACCCUGAAAAAAAUGAAUUAAUUUUCUACGAUGCAACAGUGCUCCAAGAAAUAGAAAAAUUUUUGGCAACAUCAACAGAUUUUGUACCAAGGUACAUUGACUUUAUAAUAAAUUUACAAAUUACUAAUACUAAACUCGAAAUAUCUAUAAGUCUUCCAUCAUUUUACCCAGAUAUGCAACCUCAUAUUUAUAUUAGAAGCAAUCAACUGAAUCGUCAACAAGAAAGUAACUUAAACAUUGAGUUUAAUACUUUUAUGACUAAAAGUUUUAUUGGAGAAGUAUGCAUUUACACAGGUAUUUUGUGGCUACUUGAAAAUAUAGAAAAAUAUUGUGAACCAGAUGCAUCAUUGCCUGUGAAUGUCAAUAAAAGUAUUGAAGAACCAUUGAAGUAUACAAGAUACUGGAUAUAUUCACAUCAUAUCUAUAAUAAAGAAAAAAAAGAAAUGAUAGUUAAAACGGCCAAAAAAUAUAAUUUAAAUGGAUUUUGUUGUACAGGGAAACCUGGAAUAGUAUGCAUUGAAGGCAAUGAAACAGCUUGCAUUGAAUGGUGGAAAAUUAUUAAGUCUUUGCACUGGAAGAAAAUAGUAAUAAGAAAAAUUGAAGAGUUAUCAAAUUCUGACUGCAACUCAAUUGAUAAUAGAUUUAAAAAUUUUACAUUUCUUGAGUUUCCUAAUCAUUCCAUGUCACAACUCUGCCAUUAUUUGGAGGAAGUUUCCCUACAGAACACAUUAAGAGAAAUACUUGGAUUUUCAAAUGUCACAUGACAUAAAUUAUUUAGUUCAAGAUAAAGCAUUUAUUAUACAUACUUUAUAUAAAUCACUAUUUAUAUUGAACUAAAUGUACUAAUCAUAGAGUGUGAUUCAAUUACUAGUCUAAGUGCAACAUUGUAGAAUUGAUGCAUGCAUAGCUAAAUUCCAAAAAAUAUAUUUUUGCAAUCUUUGUGCUAUUAAAAAUUGUUUUGUAACAUUAUUAUUAUGAGUAAUUUUUAACAUGUCAGUAUAGUCACUGGUAUGAUACAGAAACAUGACCUAUUGGAAAUAUAUUUAGUUACCAAAAUUCACAACAGCCAAUCUUAUUUGUAUCCAACUAGACAAUGUCAACUAUCUUUAUAUAUAUAAUUAUUCUGUGAGUGUGUAUGUCACUGAACUUCUCUCAAACGACUGGACCGAUUUUGACAAAAUUUUUUGUGUGUGCAAGUAUUUUGAACAAAUCUUAUGGCCUAACUCUUGAUGUUUAAAUUCUACGAACGAAAUUAUUGCCGAAAACUUAAGAUAAAUGUGAUGUUGGGACUUUGAACUAUUUAGAUAUAAAAUAUAUGCACUAUUCUUGACUGUAAAGUUAGUGAUUUUUAUUCAUUGAUUUUUUACUUAAGUUUAAAUCA